AUGGUUGUAAUAAAAUGGGAAUUCGCGUUGUUAUUAAUUUAUUUUCAUGAGUGUCAUUGCCAAAGAAGAAUAAUUGAUGGUUCUAUCGUAACAUCUGACAAACCUUAUGUGGUAUAUCUAGUAAGAGCCACAAUGUCAGAUCGAAGGUAUGAUUCUUGGAUUUGUGGCGGCGCUCUGGUCACCAAAGAGUUUAUCAUAACGUCAGCAGCUUGCGUUGAAGAUGUCAAAUACAUGUAUGCUAUAGCUGGAUACGACACAUAUGUUAACGACAAGUUUAUACCUUUCAACGACUGCACCAAAACUAUGAGGAAAAGAAUCGUUUAUACGUGCGUCCCCGUGAGCUACGAAUUUUCCUACGACGAAUUAGAAAAGUGGUCUUACAUAGACAUAGCAUUGGUUAAAGUGGAAUCGCCUUACAAUUUAGAAGAUGCUAGGUUCCAAGUAAUGUGCUCCUAUGUACCGCAAAUAAUCACUAUAAAUUUUGAUGUUAAACGUCAAGCGCCAAAUACUGAUGCUAUUGUGAUGGGGUGGGGACAUAAGCAAUAUUGGCGAAAGCGAAGUGAUAAAAUGAAUUACAACCAAAAGUCUCUUCACUACACCCCAGUAUCGUUAAUGGAGAAAGAAGAAUGUAAAGCUGCUUAUACAAGCUAUCCUGAAGUGUUAAAAACUAUAGAUAAAUAUAUGAUAUGUUCAAUGCUGCCCGGUAACCUAAAUGAUGAGGGGACACCCAUUGAGACAAAACCCUCCUUAGCUGAUGGUUGUGUUACGUCUAAACAAAGGUUGAGUGGUGCUGCUGGACCUUCUUGUGAAGUUGAAGUCGUUGAAGAGGAAUAUCCAAUGGAAAAUAAUCCUGUUGUAUUAGAAGUAGAUCCUGGAAAAGAUGCCACACGCAGACAGACUAGCUUAAAUGAAACAAAUGAUCAUGGUUUCACAAACCAAACCCAUUAUAAUAAUGGAACUAAUUUCGAAGAUGGAAAUGAUGAGAGUGAUGAAGUGAACGGAAGAAGAAAUGGCAUUUGUCAAAAUGACCAUGGCGGACCACUUGUCACUUGGGUCGGGAGGAGAGAGGUUCUGAUUGGCAUCGCUUCUGUGUUUAAAAUAACUGCAGAUAAUGAAUGCGUUGGACCUUUCCUAUAUACCAGCACAAUGUGUAACGGCGCAUUUAUAGAUUGUGUUUUGAAUGAAAAGGCAAGAGGUAAAAAUAAUGCACCCGUUCAAAAUCUGAGUCACGUCCCUCGAGAACUUUGUGACAGUCCUGCCAGCGUAAAGGGUUUUGAUAUAAUUGAAUCCUAUGUUUCAUGGAGGGAUCAUCCGGAUGGGCCUGCAGAAAAUGAACUCGGACGAAAAAAGAAAAGAGUUGAUAAGUAUGCUACACGUAAUAAUACGGCCAAGAAUAAACGUCUUGAUCCCAGCAAUCCAUUAAGCGACAGAUUUAAACCAAAGAUAGGCUUUCCAAUAAUAAAAAAACGACCACCUAAACAUAAACCAGAAAAAAAAGCAGGAACUGAACCACACACAGAUAGGCUUGAUAUUAGAAUUGGGCCUCCUCCACUAUUAAGUGAUAAGAAUAAACCAAAACCUAAAUUAGACAGUGAAGGGAGCAUGGCAGCUCAAAAUGAUGAAUUUUUGAAAUCAGCUCAAAAUGCUGAAUUUGUAAAUCCAGCUCAAAAUGAUGAAUUUCUGAAAUCAGCUCAAAAUGCAGAAUUUGUAAGUCCAGCUCAAAAUAAUGAUUUUUUGAAAUCAGCUCAAAAUGCAGAAUUUGGAAAUCCAGUUCAAAAUACUGCAUUUGUAAAUCCAGCUCAAAAUCCAGCUCAAAGUAAUGCGUUUGGGAGACCUGCACAAACCAAUCCAUUUGAUCCAUUUGCUAAUAUUCCGUAUCAUAGUGAUAUUUUUUCGAAGCCUGCAAGGACGAAUGUUGCUCCCGCACUACCCCCUUUAAAUAAUCCUGCGUUAGGAGCAGCAGUGAAUGAUCCAAACGUUAUGCAGAGUCAGUCUAACUCUGAUGCGGGGGAACUUAAAGCGCGACCAAUGCGUCCUCUUCGCAACGCUUAA